AUGGCGAUUACCAAAGCAAAGAGAGCUGGGCAAGGUGGUUCGAAGGAUAAAGGGAAACAGAUUGCUACCAGCGAUCAUGAGGAUGACGUUUUAAAAGCAUAUAUUGCCCAAAAGAAGGGUAAAGGUAUAGUGAUUGGAGAUAACAAUUAUGAUGCCGAUGAAAACAGAAAGAAAGAAGUUAGGUCAAAGCAUAGGAAUGAUGAACUCAUGUCGGCGAUGAAGCGUGCUUUGAUGGAAAGUAUGUUAGACGGGGUCUUGAAUAAGAGGAAGAAAAUGGAUGUCGUUGAGAAUCCCGAGCAGGAGACAUCCGAUGAUUCGAUAAAGGAUGGUGGGUCUCCUGUUGCAGUUGUAAAAAAGACAAGGUAUGAGAAACGAAAAGAGGGGAUGGUGAACUAUGAGGAUUUGGUUGUAAGACCAUACGCUGAUUAUCCGACAUUGUUCACGAGGACCACUCCUUCUGUGUUAGUUAAGGCUAUGGAAGAUAUGAACGAACAACAAAAGAAUGCAGUGUCAGCUUUGGGUUUUGACCAUUUACUGGAUCUGACAAUUAAGGAACUACCUGGGAAAUUGAAUUACUGGUUGAUUCACAGCUACAAUGCUCGGACAUCAGAGAUUGUUCUACCAUCUGGUAAGACAAUUCCAGUUACAGAGGAGGAUGUAUACCGAGUGUUGGGAUUUCCGAGAGGCUAUAAGAAUAUUGAUCUAGUUGAUAAUGAUGAUAUAACACCUUUGUUUGAGGAUUGGAAGGCGCGAUUUCCAGGAAGGAAUCCAAGGAGAAUUAAGGUGCAUGAGAUUAGGGAUGAUAUGUUAGCUUGCCAGGAUGGAGGUCAAUGGUUCAAGAUUCAGUUCAUGCUUAUGGUUGCGCAUUGCUUGAUCGAGAGCUCAACGAACGGUUCCAUAGUACCCAGGAUCAUUCGAUGUCUGGAGGAUCUGGAUGGAGUAAAAGAGUGGAACUGGGCCGAGUACGUGAUCAAGUCUCUUAUUACAAGCAAGGGUACAUGGCAGAUGAACACGAAGCAAUUCUUCACCGGUCCAACAAUGUUCAUGACGAUAUUGUACGUUGAUAGGCUGAAUUGGGUGAAUUCGAAUGUGAAAAGGGAUUUCCCUUUGUUUAAAAGCUGGAACACGAAGAAGUUGAAGGAUAGGGAGCUUGAAGAAAUAAAUGGUGGCAAGUUUGGUGAUGGGAUAAUUCUUGAUCCCAUUACGAUAUAUGGGCCAGAUCUUCCUCCAUAUUUCCAUGUGGACGAGGCUGGAGAUACUGAACACGUAGCGGAUGAGAGAGCUGGCAUUGUUACAGAUGAAACUAUUUUGAGUAGGCUGACGAGGGAGAUGGUCCAGUUUGAGAAGUCAAGGGACAAGAUCAUGGGGUUUCUGAACAUAGCUGACGAUGCAGAUCUUGAGUCGUGUGCGUUCAAGCAGAAGUUUGAAGAAGCCAAGAAACUAAUGGUUACUGCUCCAUUUAUGUUGACGAAGAUGCCCGUUGAUAAGCUUGAUAAUGAUAGAACCGCUGAAAUGUUGGUUCAUACAGCCACGGAAAAAACACCAGUGAAUAAUGUUGUGGUAGUUGAUGGCUUACGGUACGACGACGAGAUGUUGAAAUCAUGUGAUGAAGCAGUAACUAAGACAUGCAGCCGUAUAGAUCAUGUUGAUGAUCUAACGGGAUUCAACCUUGGGGCAUCGGACCUGAUGGGCACUGAGACAACCCAUGGUACAAUUUCAGGAGUGAUGGACACAGUUGGAGCGGUACCAAAGGAGGUUGGGUUAGAUGGUGGGUGUCAGACCCCCUUGGUUAGAAAAGAAUUUCGGGUUGAGGACUUGGCAGCCAAUACAAGCUUGUUUAACCUACCUGUGAAUGCGAAUCGGCAGGCUGAAGAGGCUGGGAAACAGCACGUGCAACCUCCACGUGGGCCAAAGACCAAUAUUGCAGGAAUUAAGAGAAAAGAUGGAAAAGAAAACAGGGUGUAUGAAAACCCAAAGACAGUGGUGUUGGGUGCGUGCGUCGCGAAUGAAACUGAGGACCGAUGUGUCUUGAAGACUCGAGUCGAAAAUACGAUUUUGCAGACACCAUCCCCGUUGGGGCCAAAAUGCAGGGGGAAAGAAUUGCUUCGUAGGACAAGCUUCAAUUUGUCACCCUUCGUGGAGAGGACCGUCAAUACAACAAAACGGUUGACUAAGAGGGAAAAGGCGAUUGGACUAUUUGCCUUGUACUACCGUGCCCAUAAGCCGAACGAUAUUAUAUUUGAAUACGAGAAAAAGGUUCUUCGCAGGGACAACUUUGUUUCAUUAUGUAGGGGUAACAUCGUCGAUCUUCAGUUGAUUGAUACGUGGACUGUGUUUUUGAAUUGGAAUGAACAGUUCCGUGCGGACACUUCUCCCAGUCGUUUCUUCGCAUCAACACAAAUCUGUUUGGAGUCGAUUGUGCAACCGCCAAGCACGUGGACUUAUAAAAAGCGAAGAGAUAUUUUUAUGAAGCUCUUAACCGCUGAAUUAGGCAGUAUUCAACAUACACUUGUCAAUGCUAUAGACAUGUUCUUUUUCCCAGUAUGUAGAGUCUUGAAGUAUUACGCUCUAUGCGUUGACUUGAAGAAGGAGAGGAUAUAUGUCUUAGAUAGUCAAAAUGAGAGUCAGGCACAAAUGAAAGAGGAAAAAUACAGCCGGACAGUUGAUGACUUGAGGCAAAUGUUGGUGGACUACAUGACCCAUAUGAAGGAAGUUCAUAAGAGCAUCAUUGUAAAGAGGUCAAGACUGUCAAUAAUUCAUAUAAAGUGGGGUGAUUCGAAGAACAUUAACGACACAGGAGUAUACCUAAUGAGGCAUAUGGAGACUUUCAUGGGUGAAGGUGCAUCUAGUUGGAGUUGUGGUCUAACUGCGAAACUGAAGAAGCAAUUGGACCUGUUGAGGGUGAGGUAUUGUGCAACUAUUGUUGGAUGGGAGAAAAAUAGUGUUAAAGACCUCGUUACUGUAGGUGCGACUGACUACUAUGAGGAGGUUGAUGAUGAUCCAAGCGUCAAUAUCGACUUUACACUGCUUGGAUAACGGCGUUUGGGAAAAAAAAAUUGUGCACUUAUUAGAAUAAUGGCUGAAACAGUUCAAAGCUUUUUUAUUCGUUUCAAACUUUAAUUUAAUCAGUUAGUUUUUUAUUAGAUGUAUGGAUGCAAAUUUGUGUUUGGAUUGUGAUCGUUUUAAGAUAAAGA